CUGGGUAUUAACCCAGACUACCGAGUUUCCAGAUUCGGUUGGCUUGGGCCUGCCGAAGACUUGGAGUCUACACCCACAAUGGACAAUUUGGCUCCGACAAGAGUUGUUGGGCGCGGUUGUAUCCACCGUUUGGACUACAUGCGUCCGCAUUCCGGACCAGAUUGA